AUGUAUGAUCCGCAUCCUCACGGGAAAACUCGUGACCACGACCAAGAGCAAGAGGUCAUUCCCGCGAUAAGGCUUGACGAUGCUGAAUGGAAGAUAAUCCAGCAGAACACAUUCACCCGCUGGGUGAACAAUCAUCUCAAGAAAGCUGGGGAUUCCAUCCACAGCCUAGAAACGGAUUUUUCUGAUGGCUUGAAGCUUAUAAGCCUGGCCGCCGUGCUUUCACAGAAGAACGUUGGCCGGUUCAACAAGAAGGUCAACUUCCGUUCGCAAAAGCUUGAGAAUGUUUCUCUCGCGCUGAAGUUCUUCCAAGAUGUUGAGCACAUCAAAAUUGUAAAUAUUGACAGUUCACAUAUUGUGGACCAAAAUAAGAAGCUGAUUCUUGGCCUGAUAUGGACGUUGAUUCUACACUAUUCGAUUUCCAUGGGUUGGGUUCAGGUGAGCAAUUUUUGCGCGUUUCUGAAUCUCGCCUUCUCUGACUUCCGUUCUAGUUUCAUUCAAAUCACAAUAAUUAUCACUGCUUAUUCUGUGUAA